UGAUUGCCACAGCAUCGCACCUACCUUCCCUCUUCCUCCCCUAAUCAAGCAAUGGCUACUGGUUAUGGCUGCGGAGGUGGAGCUCUUGUUCCGAUGUAUGUAAUGCUGAUGGCCUUGCUCAUCAGCAGCAGAGCCAUCUCUCGUCUCGAAGCGAAGGGGAGCUGCGUAGAGAGCGAGAGGAGGGCUCUCCUUGCCGUCGGGGCCGACAUGUACGACCCUUCCGGCGACUGGCUCGCCUCCUGGACCGGCGACGACUGCUGCACGUGGAGAGGAGUGGCCUGCGAUGGUGCCACUGGCCAUGUCACGAAGCUCGACCUCCGCUUCCCUUACCUGGACGUUGUCGGAGACGUCGACGCCAGCAGGGUGAACCCUUCUCUGCUUGAGCUGACGCACCUCAAGUACCUGGACCUGAGCAUGAACAACUUCUCCUCCGCCGCCGUGCCCGAGACGUUCGCAUCCCUGGUGCACCUGGAGUACCUGAACCUGUCGAGCGCCAUGUUCGCCGGCGCCGUCCCUCCUCGGCUGGGGAACCUCUCCGCCCUUCGCUACCUGGAUCUCAACGGGUGCUACGGCGACCUGCACGUGGAUGACCUCGGCUGGCUCUCUCACCUUCCUUAUCUCAGGUAUCUCGACAUGAGCUGCGUCGACAUGUCGCUAGCGACCAAUUGGUUCCACUCCAUCAACUCCAUCCCCUCCCUCCAAGUGCUGCACCUGCAGUGGUCGAAUCCCACGUACGUCCCGCCCACCCUGCCGCCUUUCAAUCUCACCUCCAUCACCAUGCUCGAUCUCUCCGGUAACCUCAACAUAAACACUUCCAUCCUGGACUGGCUGUCCAACGCCAGCACCCUCGAGCAUCUCCAGCUCGGCUCCUGCGGCGGGUUCGAUAUCCAGCCGCUGCAACCUGCGCUGGCGGCUCUCACUAACUUGCUGGAAUUAGAUCUGUCGGCCAACGACAUCGAAGGCGAAAUCUAUGGGAUUGUGGGCAACGCCAGCAAGCGCUUGCGGAAUCUGGAUCUGCAAUGGAACAAGCUAACCGGAGACAUCGCACGCAUCUUGGUGAGCCUAAGGCACCUGGAGUACCUGGUCAUAGACAACAAUCAGAUCACCGGGCAUCUUCCCGAGAUGCUGGGAAAUCUCAGCAGCCUACGGUAUCUAAGCUUCAGCUCCAAUCAAAUUUCCGGUGACAUUCCACAGACCGUUGGGAAUCUCCUUCGCUUGGAGUUCAUAUACUUCUCCGGCAAUAACCUCAGUGGCGAGAUACCACAGAGCAUAGGGAACCUCACCAACCUGAUACAAUUGUAUUUGGGAAGGAACACCAUCGCCGGAUCGAUACCCGAGAGCAUCGGCAAUCUCCGCAACCUCGAAGAGCUCUACCUGUCGCAUAACAGCAUCACAGGGCACCUACCUCCGUCCAUUGGGAACCUGGAGAACUUGCAGGCCAUGUACUUGCAGAACAACUUCAUUACUGGACGAAUACCAGCGACCGUCGGGGGCCUCCGAAGCUUACGGCGCCUGGACAUGUCAUCCAACAGCUUGACGGGGAACAUACCGAGGGGAAUGGGAAGCUUGUGCAACCUAGAGUACAUCGAUUUGUCCGACAACAAUGUCGCAGGGGAGCUUGCUGAUCUCAUAGAUGGUUUGUCGAACUGCUCUCCACCACUGCGUCUAUCUUCCCUGCAUGUUUCGAACAACAAUUUGAGUGGGAUCAUCCCUCCAAGCUUGGGCCAGUUAUCUGAACUCUCUGAGUUGUACCUCCCCUCGAACUCGUUGGUAGGGAAUGUGACCGAAUCCCACUUCGCCAAUCUCGCCAUCUUAAAGUUCUUGGACAUUUCUCAGAACACCUUGAGGGUGAUCCUGCCUGACGACUGGGUUCCUCCUUUCGAUGCCUUCACCAUUGGAAUGAGCUCCUGUCAUCUGGGAACCAUAAUUCCUGCUUGGAUCCGAACCCAGACGAGCCUAGAAAACCUGUACCUGUCCAGAACAGGGCUCUGGGGUACCAUUCCAGCUUGGUUCUCGGGCUUCAACCCCAGUGGCUGGCAUUACCUUGACUUGAGCUCCAACAGCUUGCAUGGUUCAUUACCAGUUGUGCGUUCUGUCGAGCAGAGCAUCAUAAACCUCUCCAACAACUCCUUCUCGGGACCUCUCCCCCGGAGCUUUGCAGCUGAUCUGAACCCAUCCAUCUUGACCUUGUCUGACAACCGUAUCAGUGGAGACUUCCCUCCCUUCUUUUGCAACAUGACCUUACUGGAAGUCCUCGAUCUGUCCAACAAUGGCUUGUCCGGGGAGUUGCCGGACUGCCACAGCUCAUAUCCAACAUCGCUACAGUCUCUGCACCUGAACAAUAACAGCCUCUCUGGAAGUCUUCCUGCCUUCUUGAAACACUGCAAGCAAUUGAUCACCCUUGAUCUGGGUGAGAACAGGUUGUCUGGUGAGCUACCGAGGUGGAUAGGAAGCAGCCUCUCGUCUUUGAAGGUUCUUCGGUUGAGGUCCAAUCUACUCCAUGGCACCAUCUCGGCGCACAUAUCCAACCUCACAUCCCUCCAUGUCCUGGAUCUCUCCUGCAACAAUCUUUCCGGUGCCAUCCCUUCGUCCAUUGGAUUGCUGGACGCAAUGGUCGUGAUACAGAAUGUCAUAGAGCCGCUGAUCGACAGCAACGCGCGGUACUACAGUGAGCAUGUCCUGAUAACCACCAAAGGAUCGACCAUCGAGUACAGCACCGUGCUAUCGCUGGUGACGAGCAUAGAUCUGUCGAACAACGAUCUGCAUGGUGAGAUUCCGGUUGAGCUGACCGAUCUCCAUGGACUGCAUUUCCUGAACUUGUCCAAGAACCAUUUGGCGGGGGAAAUCCCGACUGAUAUUGGCGGCAUGAGGCAGCUGGAAUCACUCGACCUGUCGAUGAACAAUCUCGGCGGCGAGAUUCCUUUGAGCUUGUCUGCUCUAAAUUUCCUGAGCCACAUGAACCUGUCUUACAAUCACUUGUCCGGAAGAAUCCCGACGAGCAAUCAAUUGCAGACCUUAAAUGAUCCCUCGAUCUACGUCGGAAACAAAGGCCUCUGUGGAACGCCUUUGCCAAAGUGCCCCGGUGAUGAAGCUUCUCAAGGUCCAGCUUCUGCAGGAAUUCAAGAAGAAGAUAACAGUGACAAGCUCGAAAUGAUACUGAACAUUGCUAGCAUUGUCAUAGGAUUCGUGGUUGGAUUUUGGGGUUUUGUUGGCACAAUGAUCGUGAAACAGGGCAUGAGGAUUGCUGUCUUCCAAUGGAUCGACAGGAUCUAUUGGCGGUUGGCAGUAAAACUGGCAAAGCUGAAGCUAAAAGGACAAAGAAUGACUUGAGCUGUGGCAAAACAUGCUAUCUAAUUUUACUACUACUGCUAAUGGCAUGUGUUUCAUGGUUUCGUGUUAUCUGUUUCCAAGUUACAUGGUCAAAUCACAUUCUUCUGAAAUCUACAUGUGUAGAUUAAGCUUCUCAUGAUGCAUUAAGGUUACCAACUUUCGUAUGUUAAUGUCUUCAGAAGGGCUUUGAUGUGAUCCAGUGCCUAACUCUUUGUCUGUGGACUA